CAGCCCGCGGCAGGCUGGGCGGAGCUUCGGAGGGGAGGCGUCGAGCUGCGCUUCCGGCGGGCUGCGCUGGGGCUGUGCGGAGUCCCGCCCCGCCGCCCCUCGAGCGCCCCCGACUUCGCCUCUGGCCGGAACCUGCGCCCCGAACCAGGAAGCACCUGGCGGCGGGCGCGGUAUGGCUGGGCCCUGCUGGGGUCUUCCUCGGCUGGACGGUUUCAUCUUUACCGAGCGCCUGGGCAGUGGCACGUACGCCACCGUGUACAAGGCCUACGCCAAGGUGGGUGUGGGCGGGCUGUGCCCGAGGUGUCCCGGCGCCGGGCACCUACCUGGCUCCUGUGCCCGCCAGCCCCGACCAAGUGCUGCUGGGUGAUCGGCCUGCCGGAGCAGGAGAGAGGCGGACGCCUGACGCCUGGCGAGUGGAAGAGGCUGGAACUGGCCGCCCCUCUUAGAAGGAUACUCGGGAGGUGGUAGCCAUAAAAUGCGUGGCCAAGAAAAGUCUCAACAAGGCAUCUGUGGAAAACCUCCUGACUGAGAUUGAGAUCCUCAAGGGCAUCCGGCACCCCCAUAUUGUGCAGCUGAAAGACUUCCAGUGGGACAAUGACAAUAUCUACCUCAUCAUGGAGUUCUGUGCAGGGGGUGACCUCUCUCGCUUCAUCCACACCCGCAGGAUCCUACCUGAGAAGGUGGCUCGUGUUUUCAUGCAACAGCUGGCUAGUGCCCUGAAGUUCCUGCAUGAACGAAACAUCUCUCAUCUGGAUCUGAAGCCCCAGAACAUUCUGCUGAGCUCUUUGGAGAAGCCCCAUCUGAAACUGGCAGACUUUGGCUUUGCACAGCACAUGUCCCCACGAGAUGAGAAGCAUGUGCUGCGUGGCUCCCCACUCUACAUGGCUCCUGAGAUGGUGUGUCAGCGGCAGUAUGAUGCUCGUGUGGACCUCUGGUCUGUGGGGGUCAUCCUGUAUGAAGCCCUCUUUGGACAACCUCCUUUUGCUUCCAGAUCGUUCUCAGAGCUAGAAGAAAAGAUUCGCAGCAAUCGGGUUAUUGAGCUCCCCCUUCGGCCCCAACUCUCCCUAGACUGCCGUGACCUGCUGCAGCGACUUCUAGAACGGGAUCCCAGCCGUCGGAUCUCCUUCAAGGACUUCUUUGCCCACCCCUGGGUGGACCUGGAGCACAUGCCCAGUGGGGAGAGCCUGGCGCGGGCAACAGCCCUUGUGGUGGAGGCUGUGAAGAAGGACCAGGAGGGGGACGCUGCCACAGCGCUGUCACUCUACUGCAAGGCUCUGGACUUCUUUGUACCUGCCCUGCACUACGAAGUGGAUUCCCAGCGGAAGGAGGCCAUUAAGGCCAAGGUGGGGCAGUAUGUGUCCCGGGCAGAGGAGCUCAAAGCCAUCGUCUCCUCCUCCAACCAGGCCCUGCAAAGGCAGGGCACAUCUGUCCAAGGCCUGCUGCGAGAGAUGGCCCGUGACAAGCCUCGCCUCCUUGCUGCCCUGGAAGUGGCCUCAGCUGCCAUGGCCAAGGAGGAAGCUGGCAAGGAGCAGGAUGCCCUUGACCUGUACCAGCACAGCCUCGGGGAGCUGCUACUGCUGUUGGCAGCAGAAGCCCAGGGCCGAAGGCGGGAACUCCUUCACACUGAGGUUCAGAACCUCAUGGCUCGAGCUGAAUACCUGAAAGAGCAGAUCAAGAUAAGGGAAUCUCACUGGGACGCAGCGACUCUGGACAAAGAGGGACUGUCGGAGUCUGUCCGUAGCUCUUGCACACUACAAUGACACCAGAAGAACUAGUGGAUGGGACACAAGCCUGAGAGAAGCUGUUUACCAGCCCAGGUUCACACCCGUGCACCUGAGGCCUCCCUGGAUGAACACCUCCAAGAUGCCCUCAUCCUAGUUCCCAGUGUUCAUCUGAGUACUCUCCACCCCUGGGGAUCUGGUGGCCAGGUGUACUGAGGAUUACCUUAAUAUGACAUUGUUAUUAGGGGAUGUUGGCCUCAGGAUAUCAUCACACUGUAUUCUGCUCUGCAAAGAGGACAUCAUGUCUCUUGAGGGCACCUCUCUUCUUUCCCUGCUACCAGGCAGCUGCUGUACCUGGGCCAACCCUUCCUGGGAACCUUUUUUCUAGCCCUGCUCCCUUCUUGCACUGGAAUAGGACCCUCCAGUACCCCUCAGGGACUACCUGCCCUACAGAAUGCAAUCAGCCCUGCAGAACUCUCCAGUCUUUCCGGGAGCACACGCCUGCCAUCCUUUUCAGUACUUUAAGACAAUCCUUCAUGCAUGAAAGUCAUGUCCUUUGUAGAGGUGGGGUACAUGUGAGAAUUCCAGGACUAUCCCUGCCUUGGCAUAGAGGAGGGGAUCCUCAGGGGGAACAUGCCACCUUAGCCGUAUAGUGGGCCCUGUGCUAGAGCGGGGGGUUGACUGGGCCAGGGUCUUCUCUUGUCUUGUUAAGCCAUGGAUACCUCCACAGUUUAUAGCUUAUGUGAGCUGGAGAUGAAUUUACAUACCUGGAAUUAUUGGAGGGUUUCUUUUUAUUGCCCCCCCCAAUCAUCUUGUUUCAAAUUUUUGUGUUGAGGUUGAUUUUGAAUAAGGAACAGGGGAGCUGUUCUGCAUCAAAUAACCCCAAAUCACAAGCAGUGAGAGUUUAUUUGUAUGGGGGGAGCAGGGGUUAUUUCUAAAGUCAGAAUGUUGGUGAUUUCUAAUCAUCCUGCCCUUAACUGUCUCCAUAGGGCAAAGUAGAGCAUCCUCCUUGCCAGAGGCUGGGUGUAUGUAAAGAAUGCAGUUCGUUGUUUCUCUAUUAAAUUAUUUUCUGUACUUAUACAUCUCUUCUUGCUUUGAAAAAAUAGGUGAAGCCGGGACGUGGUGGCGCACGCCUUUAAUCCUAGCACUCAGGAGGCAGAGACAGGCAGAUCGCUGUGAGUUCGAGGCCAGCCUGGUCUACAAGAGCUAAUUCCAGGACAGGCUCCAAAACUACAGAGAAACCCUGUCUCAAAAAACCAAAAAAAGAAAAAAGGAAAGAAAAAGAAAAAAUAGGUGAAGUGUCCCUGCUCAUCACCUAGGAAAGCUGGGGAGAGGGAAGCAGCAGGUGCACAUCUGUCUUCCUCUCUGGGGACCCAGGAGCCCCACUGAUUGGCACCAUUGCUGCCCACUACCUAGUGUGUGUUGGAGAGGGGCGGGGCAGGGGGGGACAGGCCUGGAGCCCAGCCAGGCCCUUGCUGUACAUACCUCAGCUUCUUCGUAGCAGGAGGCAAGCCCUCUGGAAGCCUUCUCUCUACACCAUCCCACAGUGCACCCUCCAUGGCCCAGGCUUCUCAUUCUUCUCACACUGGGCCAGUGACUGAACAGUAAGCUGGGUUUUAGGAAAAGGGCAACUUUUAGAGUUUCUUCAUCUCAUUCUUAGUCCCUCAAAGAUCCCUAGACUGGGUAAUUUCCAACAGUCUCGGGCCUACUACGAGGGGUCUGUGGGUCUGAUACAGGAGAGGUCAAGUCAGAAAGAAUGAAAUUUCUGUAGCCUUUGUCCUAGCCAUUGUGGGGCAGUGUGCAACAGUGUCCUAUGGGGCAGUGGGAGCUGCUGAAGUCAUGGUUCUGGUCCUUGGCCCGAUGCUUGGCCUGCACGGUUAGUCUGUUGGUGAUGAGGCAGUGUUUAUGGGCCUGUUACACAG